UUACCAAUGAAAACAUUUUCAGAUCGGCAAGAUGUUCUCCCUUAAACUAGUGCAUAUUCCUGUAUUUUUCCUUGUUGUUAACACAAUUCAUGGAUCUAUUGAUGAAAAGUUAGGCUAUUAUGAGACCCUUGAAUCAGUCGAUAUUGAAAGUGUUGCGAAAAGAAGCAUUGGUGACUCUCCUCAUAAUAAGCAUGUAAAAUUUUCAGCUUUAGGAAGAAAUUUUUCUUUGGAUUUAGAAGUAGCAAAGGGGUUAUUUACACAAGAUUUUAAAGUGCAAUUAGUUCACAGCGAUGGAACCUUUUCAGAUGAGCAUCUAGAUACUAACAGCUUUUAUUAUGGAACUUUAGAUGGAGAGGAAAAAUCUGAGGUCAAUGCAUUUCUCCAUGAUGGGGUUAUAUCAGCUACAAUAUCCAUCCCUGGUGAAAGUUUUAUUAUUGAGCCAGCAUGGAGACACAUAGACACCCUUGUCAGAGCAAGUAGAACUAUGAUGGUUUACAAAGGAAGUGAUACAAAAUGGCCUAAAGAAAUGGAAGAGGCUCAGAAAGGGGGAAAUGGUCCAAAUUUUUGUGGUGCAGCACAUAUAGAUGGUGAUGAUGGAGAGACAGUAGGAUUCACACAUGCCCAUGAUCAUGAUGAAGAUGAACAUGAUAUACCACACAGCAGAAGAAAGAGAGCUACAGGAAACAAAAUGUGUAGAUUGAUAGCUGUAGCUGAUUACAAGUUCUACCAAACUAUUGCUGGGAAUGAUAUUUAUGAUGCUGCAAAUUAUAUAGUUGGCAUCAUACAGAAAAUCAACCUGAUCUACAAACCAACUAACUUUGGACAAGGAGUAGGAUAUGGAGUGGAACUAGCUAUGCUGAAGUUACAUGAAGGACCAACACCUACAUCUGGUAGCACAACUGACUACAACAUGAUCAAGUCAUGGACUAGCCCUUAUGAUUUGUUGACAGAAUUUAGCCAAGGUGACAAGUGGAAUGAUUAUUGCUUAGCUCAUCUCUUCACCCAUCAAAGUUUUUCUAACAAUGUCUUAGGUCUAGCCUACAUAGCUAGCUCUAGUACAUCAAAACUUGGUGGAAUCUGUUCUGCAGCUUCAACAAAGAAUGGAAAGCCCAUCUAUUACAAUACAGGUCUAACAACCACAAAGUACACUGGUGGAGGUACAGUAUUGGCUAAACAGUCACAACUUGUUACUGCUCACGAAAUUGGGCAUAACUGGGGAAGUGAACAUGAUCCAACAUCUGGGGAUUGUGCUCCAUCAUCAUACUUUGGUGAUGGGAAAUAUCUGAUGUAUCCUUACUCAGUGACAGGAGAAGAUCCCAAUAAUGAUGCUUUUUCAUCAUGUAGUAAAGGAUAUAUCAAUUCUGUUCUGGCUAAUAAAGCUGCAACUUGCUUUUCUGAGGACACAUCAACAGAACCUUGUGGAAAUGGUCGAGUUGAUACAGGUGAGCAGUGUGAUGGUGGAUCACUGGGUAAAUUUAAUCUGGAUCCCUGCUGUACUACCAGUUGUCAAUUCAAAUCAGGAUCAACUUGCAGCCCAAGUAACCAUGCUUGUUGUACAACGACUUGUCAAAUGGCAACGGUAGGAGUGGUCUGUUCCAGUGACCUACAGGAAGUCUGCACUGCACAGUCAUUCACUGGCAGUAGUUUUGAUUGUCCACCAGGGGCCAACAAAGCACAGGGAACUUCCUGUCUAGAUGGAGGACAGUGUGAUGGGUCAGGGAAUUGUCAAGCCUAUUGUGAAGCCCGUGGUUUACAGUCAUGUGUCUGUGGUGAUGUUGGUGAUUCCUGUAAAAGAUGCUGCAAAGAUACUACAGCAACCAGUCCAACCUGUUCAGCAAUAAACCAAACAGCAUUCCAUCAAGAUGGACGACCAUGUACUGUUGGAUAUUGUAAACAGGGAACCUGUAUAAACUCUGACCCUAGCUACAUAUCCAGAUUCUUUGAUUUGAUAGAUCAAAUAAGCUUUGAUUUUAUUGCUGAAGCAUUUAAAACAAACAUGGUAGCAUUUAUACAGGUAUUCUCUUUGCUUAUCUGGGUACCUCUCAGCUGUGUAGUUUGGUGUAGGGACAAAAGAAGUCAAAAAUGGUCUAGAAAUGAAUUAAACAUUAAAAAAAGAGAAAACAGAAAUUUGAUGGUAGACCAAGAUGGCCGUCCUAUCAAAAGACCAGCAAAAAAGCCACGUUCUGAUAAUCCUUACCUGUCCAUGGAGCCACGGUCGCUCUCUGGAAGACCUUACAGCAGUCAUGCUCUGAGCAAUAAACCAGGAAAAUCUCAGAAAAACAAGGUGAAACCCAACAGAAGAAGAAGAGAUGAGAACCAUUUAAGCAUGUCAAGAGAGUUAGAUGGUGAUAGUGUAGCAUAAACAGAGGGGUGGUUUGAGAUCAGAAGAGUUGAACAUAUAAUUAGCUCUGGAGCAAUGUAUGAAAUUGUAGUACAGUAAAACCUGGUAUAAAAGUCACCUUCAUUUUGCCAAAAGCUGUUUUUGUCAGGUCACCCUCUUCUUAUUCCACUGUAUGAAUACCUGUGCAUUUUAAACCUCAACUCAAUAGCCACCUCUCUUAUAAGGUCACUAAACUAUUGUACUUAGAGGUUGACCUUUAUAUACAGGUUUGACUUUAUUGUAGUUUUAUUCCUAUCUUUAGAUAGGAAAAAUUCUUCCUUAAAUCCACACCUGAAAACAAACUAUUGGAUGUCCAUUAAUUUUCAUUUCUCAAGCCCUGUCUUCUUGGCUUAAAAGUGUCAAAUGGGUUUGUUUCAAAGUUUUAUAAUUAUUUAUUUGCAUCUUUUUUUUUACCAAAGGAAAAAUUCAUGUUGAUGCUGUUUGAAAAAUUCUACAGUUUCGUUUUGCAACUUUGUUUAAAUGGAAUAAACAAAAACAGUGUUUUCAUUCCAGAGUUAUUGCCCCUGAUUUUCUAAUCAUAUGAUUUGAGGUCUCUUAAUUUAUCUAUUAAGGUGAAAUGGAGAUCUCUGGAAUCAAGAACAUUUAGUUUAAACAUAGACAAAGGAAAUAGGAUUUAAUUAUAUAGUAGAAUGCUUUUUUUAAUGAAUUAGUAGUUCAUAUUGUGUAUUUGGAUUUUUAGUUUUUGCCUCCUUGUAAUAUUUUGCAUUUUUUAUUUACAUAUUUUUUAUACAUCUGAGGCUUUUGUUAAUUCUUUUGAAAUUUAAUCAACAAAUUUGUUCAGCCCUAUGUAUAUCAGAACAGACAAAGUAAAUAUCUCUUAUCGCAUUUUGAUUUUUUGACAUUUGGAUUAAAAUAUUUCAUAAAGAUAUCAUGGUAUUCACAACUAUUUCAAUAUGAUGUCAUUUGUAUGUGUACAUUUUGUAGUCCUUGACAAACUAUUCUAAUUCAUUUAUAAUUUUUUUUUUAUCAAAUAAAUUGAUUUAUAAGGGAGUAUUUUGAAAUUACUACAAGACAAGGAACAUAACUAUAUACAUUUUGUUUUUGUAUUUGAAAACUGUGUAUGCAAAUUUACCCAAGACUGUUGUAACAGACAUUAAUUAACAGUUUGUUUGACACCCAAGUUGUCAAGUGAAGCAUUUCAAUUGUUUGUCCAAAUUAAUUUGGCUGAAUUUAAAGGAGUGGGUUCGAUAAGACCCUAAAAUGGCCCCUAUUUCUAGCUAUAGUUUCAAAUUAGGAUCUAUUGACCAAAAUCACAAUGAAUCAUAGCCAAUACAAUGACUAGAUAGGAAAUAUGAAAUUUUGUUAAAAAUUUACAUACAUGCUAUCUAUUCAUGACGUCACAAAUAGGACUUAUUUUGAUUUUCAACAACAAUUCAAUGAAUACAGGUAAAUUUCUAUUCAUUAUUUGGACAGGAAACACCAAUUGCAAGUGCAUGCAUCUACAAAAAAGAUUUUCUUACAUGAUAUUUGUUAUAACAUUUUACAUAUCUGACUUGAAUAUUUAGUUUGUCGACACCUGCUCUCUAUGUUUCCUAGGUCUUAAGUUGGUUGAAAUUUGAACAAUUUAAAAAUUCACAAAAAUCUCUAUUUUUGGCCUAUUUUGGAUGUAAAAAUCCACACUUUAAAAUAAAACUUGGACAAAAAAAGUUCUAUUGAACUUUCUUACAUGUCUUUUCAUCACCUUAGAACAUUUAUUUUUUUUUUAUCUUGAACAUUUAAUUCAAUAAUUGGGGCCAAAUAAGGCCCAUACUGAACUUACUCCUUUGCUAACAAACUUUCUUUUCAUGGCCUUAUCUAAUUUGGUAUGUAUUGGUAUGCUUAAUAGUGCUAAACAUAUAUUUGUCCCACAUGUUUAAAUCAGUGGUGGAUCCAGGGGAGGGGUUCCGGGGGUUCAAAUCCCCCUUUUUUUUGACGAUCAAUGCAUUUGAAUGGGGACAUAUAGUUGGAACCCCCUCUUUUUCCUGGGUUAGGAACCCCCCCUUUUAUAAAUGGCUGGAUCCGCCCCUGUAAAUUACUUUGGUAUUCAGUCUUACCCUUGUUUUUCUAUACUUUCCAAAUUGCAAAUGAUAUUCUUUGGUCAUGCUAGCAUUUAUCAGUGUUUAUUGUUCUGUUUUUGUUUAUGUACUUGAACCAUGUGUUGUUACAUAUAUAAUUUGUGUUUAUCUAGUUUAUCUUAUUAAUAUACUAAAUGGAAUAAUAACCCAUGGUCCACUCAGUAGCAAACAUUUAUGCCAGACAACAGCCCAUGGAAUAGCAUAAAUUUAAGCCAGAAGUAGUUUUUUUCUUUUUUCAACACUUGCAAUUUUGUAUAUAUCAAUAGACAAAGUAGCCAAUGAACUUAAAAACAUUUAAAUUUUCUACUGUACAUGUGCCUGAGGCUAUUUGUAUAGUGAUAUAUAUAUAUGUGUGUAUUGUUUUUUUGUUUGUUUUUUUAUUUAAUAGCUUUUACCCAUCCAUGUCUUUAUUUUGUUAUUUUUCUGACACAUUGUAGAGGGCCAAAAGAUCUUUUUUUGGAACAUCCGGAUUAGGCCUUUAUGUUUGAGGGAAUUCAGGAUUUAAACCUUUCGGACUCUGAAAUUGAAGAUUUAUUUUUCAGGAUCUGGGAAAGACAUUUUUUUUAGGGAAUUCGGGAUGACACCCCCUCCUACCCCCCCCCCCCCCCCCCCCCCCCCCCCCCCCCCCCCCCCUUCAUUGCAUACUGCUUGUCUUGUUUGUUUAUUUUAUUAAUAUUUGUUUAUAUUUUUUGAUAUUUUACAAGUGCAUAAUAGAUAUUGAAAUAUUAAGAUUUUGUUAAAUGAACAAGAGUCUGUAAAUAUUUCCUUAUUUUAAAAUAGAGCUCAAUGAUCUAAUCAAAAUGUGAUAGAAAUAAAACUAUUUUUUUUCACAAUUUUUUAUUAUUUAUAGCUAAUGAUGUAACUUAAACAGAUUUGCAAUAGAAAUACUCAUAGCCUGACAUUUUUAGGGUAAUAUUUUUUUUUACAUAAUUGUUGUCUAGAUUUAUUGAAACAUUUCCCCACCCUAUAAAGUCUUUUUUUAAAAAUAAUAUUUCCUAUAUUUAUGAUUAAGUUUCAAUAUACAGCUUUGGGUUUUCUCUCUCUCUGACAUUUUUUGAAUUUGUAGUUUUAAGUGAGAAAUUCUGUUUCGGUACAUGUUAUUCAAGCCAUUACAUUUCUUAUCUUCUGAAAAUAAAAGAAAACUAUCAAAAGAGAAGUAAUUUUUACUGAUCUUUUCUUUCAAAACAAAAUACUUCUUUGUGAUACAAAAUAAAAGUCAUAAUAAGCAUACAUGUUUAAUUGUUAUGUAUAGUUCCGUCCAAAUAUAAUUUAUUUGUUCUCUUGUAUUUUGAUACAUUUUUUAAUGCAAAAUAUGUAUAUUUACAUAAUUUUUUGAACGUUUAUAUUGUUAGAUGUUGUCUGUUUAAUAUUUUGUUAUCUACAUACAUAUCUUAACCUUUAUAUUUUCCAAACUCUUGAGAUUGUUUACUCUAGUGCACUGCUUAGAGCAGGGAGCAGUCCUAUCAAAUGAAGAAAAUUAUUUUGUUUAACAGAUGAAUUUUAUAUAUAUGUAAACUUUUUUGUAAUAAUUUGUAGUAAUAAAAUUAAUUUAUAGUACAA